AUGUCUGCCUCUAAGAAUGAUGUUCUCCCGCCCAAAUAUACCCCCAGAGUUCUGCAACUCAGAGAGCUGAUCGCACAGCCUGUGGUGGCAGCAUUUUGCGCCGGUGGAGUGGCAGGUGCGGUUUCUAGAACAGUCGUAUCGCCUCUGGAACGACUAAAGAUUCUUUUCCAAAUACAGAGUGUAGGGCGAGAAGAAUACAAGAUGUCUGUAGGAAAGGGGCUUAUGAAGAUGUGGAAAGAGGAAGGUUGGCGCGGACUGAUGAGGGGUAAUGGCACUAACUGUAUUCGAAUUGUUCCCUAUUCUGCUGUUCAGUUUGGAAGUUACAAUUUCUAUAAAAAGUUCUUCGAAACCACUCCUGGCGCAGACUUGGGUUCUUUCAGACGUCUGAUUUGCGGUGGAGCAGCCGGAAUUACAUCCGUAUUCUUUACCUAUCCCCUCGAUAUCGUUCGCACUAGAUUGUCUAUUCAGUCUGCAUCAUUUGCGGCUUUGGGAAAGCAUGGUGCUAAGCUGCCAGGCAUGUUUGCUACGCUAAAGACAAUGUACAAAACAGAAGGGGGCAUUCUUGCAUUAUAUAGAGGAAUUAUACCUACUGUCGCUGGCGUUGCACCAUAUGUUGGCUUGAACUUCAUGACUUAUGAGCUUGUACGAAAGCAUUUUACUCCAGAGGGAGACCAAAAUCCCAGUGCGGUACGAAAGUUAGCAGCUGGUGCUAUAUCUGGCGCAGUUGCACAGACAUGCACAUAUCCAUUUGAUGUUCUUCGACGUCGUUUCCAGAUCAAUACAAUGUCCGGUAUGGGAUACCAGUACAAAUCAAUUUUCGAUGCUGUCGGAAGAAUUGUCGCACAAGAAGGUAUCAAGGGCAUGUAUAAGGGAAUUGUACCCAAUCUACUCAAAGUAGCCCCAAGUAUGGCGAGUAGUUGGCUCAGUUUUGAGAUGACUAGAGAUUUUUUUGUAGGGCUAAAAGCCGAUGAUGCCAGCUUAUGA